AUGUUACGUAACACUUUCACUAAAGCUUCUAAUCUAUCACGCGUAACGUCCGUAAGAUUCGUUCAAGCACAUGCCCUUUCCAAUGCUGCUGUAAUGGAUCUGCAGUCCAGAUGGGAAAAUAUGCCCUCCACCGAACAGCAAGAUAUCGUCAGUAAGCUGACUGAACGCCAGAAAUUGCCAUGGGCUCAACUCACCGAACCUGAAAAGAAGGCUGUGUGGUACAUUUCCUACGGGGAAUGGGGACCAAGGAGACCCGUGUUGAAUAAGGGUGAUUCAGGUUUUAUCGCUAAAGGUGUUGUUGCCGGCCUCCUAUUAUCAGUGGGGCUUUUCGCUAUGGUCAGAACGGUUGGUGGUGAAGACUCAAAGACCAUGAAUAAGGAGUGGCAAUUAAAGAGUGACGAAUAUUUGAAGUCCAAGAAUGCUAAUCCUUGGGGUGGUUACUCUCAAGUUCAAUCUAAAUGA